AUGCUUUAUCUAUCUAUCUAUCUAUCUAUCUAUGUUAUUGAUAUAUCUUUCUUUCUCUUUUUAAGCAUCGAGUUUCAUUACUUUUCUCUUUUUCUCAAGUCGAUUUUCAUUACUUUCUCUUUUUCUCAAGUCAAUUUUUUAAUCGUUUUAUUUCUUUUUGAUGAUUGUCUUUUAUUCAUUCUUUGUUUAUCUUUUAUUCUUUCUAUUUUUUCUUGGCUUUCUUUUUCUCACAGAAAUUCAGCAUGUUUUCUGUUAUUCUUUUUUUCUUGCUUCGUUCGGUUUCUUCUUAGUAAACUUUUUCUUUUUUUUUUCUUAUUUGCUUUGAUUUAUCUUCCUUUUUCUUUUUGUCUUUCAGUCUCUCUAUUUCUUUUCUUUGUCCUUUUUUUCUUUUCCGUUUACGUUCGCAUUUUCUUUGUUCUUUCUCUUGAAUUCUUUUGUUCUCUUUUCUCUCGUUUACUUUCCCUGCCUUCCCCUUUUCUUGUUCGCUUUCCUUCUUCACUCUUUCAUUCUUUCUUUUUUCAAUUUCCUUGUUCUCUCUUUUUUCCUUUCUUUCACUUUGUCUUCUUUCUUUCUUUUCUGUCGCUUUUCUUGUCUUCUCUUUUUUUCUUUUCUAUCGCUUAUCUUGCCUUUUCUUUUUUGUUGUUUUCUUUGCCUUCUUUUUCUUUCUUUCGUUUCUACGGUUUUUCUUGUGUUUUAUUUCUUUCUUUUUCUUUUCUUUUCUUUCAAUUAACCAUCGUCGAAUAUAUACUGAGAUUUCGGAUGACGCAGGUUGUGUAUUUCAGUAUAGCGUGCGACUUGCCUUCCUGUUGA